AUGGCGCUAUCGCAUGCUGCUCUGAAUAUCGCGAUUGAUGUGUGGAUGCUCGUGCUUCCAGCGACUCAAAUCUACAGGCUCAACCUUCAGAAGAGGCAGAAGGCAGGAAUCAUGUCGAUGUUUGGUGUUGGAAUCUUCAUCACGAUCGUCAGCGCUGUUCGGCUGAAGAGCGUCGCCACCUUCAGCCACUCCUGGAACCCAACGUAUGACUUCUACGGUCUUGCGAUGUGGUCUCACACUGAGCUUUGCGUCGGCCUGAUCGUGGCAUGCAUGCCCGCUGCUCGAUCCCUUGCCCGGCGCCUAUUUCCCGAACUUCUUUACGUCACCAAAGUCAGCACCACCCGGCAGUCCACGAGAGCCUCCGGGAACGUCAAGAUUGUUUCUCAAGACAUCGGCACCAUUGCGACAGACGACGUACCCGAGAGCUCGACUAUGUCUUCCCCGUCAAACACGUCGAAGAAAGACUCGCUGGCUACCCUGACGCCGGACAGAGUACCACUUAAACGCCUGACCACCAGCGAUAGCUUGAUGGAUAUUUCGCCCAGCGAGCGAGGUACGUCGUUUUACAGCGAUUCACAGAAAGGAGGCGGCAAACUCAGUGAUCCCUGGGAAUAA